UUUAUUACGAUUAAAUAUUUUUUGUUUGAAAAACGAUGGAAAAAUGGGAAUUUAUUUCUAAACAAUUCCGUUCGAUUGAUGGCAUUACUGUCGUUAUUGCUGUUAUAAUAGCCACUAUUGGUAGGUGGAGCAGCAUGUCAAGGUGUGUCUUGUCGGUUGUCUGUCCAUCAGCCUUUCUGUCUGUCUGCGGUAUAAUUCGAUUCAAUAUUUUGCACCAACCCAUCAAACCGAUGUGUUCAAGUUGAGUUCGCGUGUAUAUGUAUUUUUGAGCUAUUUUGUCGUGUUGUAUCCACUGGAUUUUUGUUUGGAUAAAAAAUUUUCAUUUAUUUUCGAUUCUUAAUCUAAUUUUCGGAUUUCGGAUUUGUGAUUAAAAUUUCGUGAUUCGUUUUGGCUAUUUCUAUUAUAAUUUUUUUUUUUUUUUUAUUCCGAUAGUCGGAUACAAAGUAUUCUUUUUCCGAUAUUCGUGCUGCUCGUUUUUCUUUGUGUGACUGUGUUGUGCUAAGCACGUGCUCAUCACGCAUCUUACGUUUUGGAUAAUUCUAAAAUAUAAACUGAUUUUUUUUUCUUCUAUUAUUGAAAUGAAGAAAUCUAAAUGAAAUUUCAAAAAUGACUUCUAAAAAUAAUAAUUCGACAUCAUUGUCAUCUGCAACAAUGACACAGCGAUCAUCACCGCCAUCAUCAUCAAUGUUUUUGGCUGUACAUCCAUUACCAUCAAACGAUGAUGAAUUAAAUGACAAAAUCCUUGAAACUGUUGAAAAGUUUCGAUCACAAACAAAUCCAAAUAAUCCUCCUAGUUCUGGUGCUGGUGGUUCAAAUUCUCAUUCAAAUGUGCCUGUUAUCAAUUUUGCUGGAUCAAACAUUUCUUCUGCUAUUUCACAAAACGAAUCAUCGACAAAUGGUGGUGAUUCAUUAUCGAUGAAAAUGGCACAACAGCAACAAUCAGCAGGUCAAACCGUUCUGCAAUGUGUUGUUAGCCGUAAUCAUGUGGCAGUUUUGCUUGAUGAUCAUCGUGUUUGCCGUUAUCCAUUCAACAUCUAUGCUGAACGCAUCAAUGGUUCGAAUGUCCAAUCUGAAUCAUCAUCAUCUAAUACAAAAAAAAGUAUCUAUGCGUCCACAUUAAAUUCUGUUAGCGGUGGUAAUAAUAAUGGUACCGGUACCAGUGGUGGCGGAUCAUCAUCACCACGAUCAGUUCCUUCGCGUCGACGUUUAGUACGUCGUGGUGGAAAUCGUAGUUCAGCAUCAGUAAUCAUGAGUCGUAGUCAUAUGAUACCGGCUCAAUAUGUUCCGGAAGAAUUGGUAAAUCAAGCACAAGUUGUGUUGCAAGGAAAAUCGCGUAAUGUCAUCAUACGUGAAUUGCAACGAACAAAUUUGGAUGUAAAUUCGGCUGUAAAUAAUCUAUUAUCACGUGACGAUGAAGAUUUUGAUGAUGCGGACGAUUCACCUGAACAGUUGAUUCAUUCAGAAGAUCUGAUCUCAUUGUUAGACAGUGGUUUUGCCAGUCAGGAUCAUUCAGUAAUAAUUGAUCCAGAAUUUAGUGAGGAAGCAGUUUUUUCAUAUCCAGUGAGAAUUCGUGGAUCUCCAUCAAUUUUUCCUCCUAAUAAUCAAAAUCAAUCGACUUCAAGUGGACAAAGUGGCAGUGGCAAUAAUAAUUCCGGUAGUACUGGUGGUGGUUCAUCUUCGAAUACUAAUGUCGGUGGUAGUAAUGGAAAUAGCGGUAGUUCAAGUAAUCGAAUUCGAUUACGUGAGGAACCAUAUUCAUUUGUUGAACGUGAACUUGGCUUAUCACCACAUUCGCAAACGUUAAACGGUAAACGAUGGUAUUCGGUCACACAAGAAUCUGUUAAAAAUUUGGAAUCUGGUGGUGGUGGUAGUGGUCUUCGUCAUCAAUCGUCUACAUCAUCAUCGUCAAAUAAGAAAAAAUGUGAUCAAAUUCAAUUGUCACCCAUAUCGUUCACUGAUCAAGAAUAUUGGCUCGGAUCCAAUGACAGAAAAUUCAUACAGAUAGCAUCAUUGCACUCCGAAUUGGUCGCUAUUAAUAAUCAGGGUCAAUUAUGUCAAUGGCGUUGGCAAGAUUCGGAACCAUUCAAAUGUCAAAUAUCCGAUGGUAUUUAUUAUUUUCAUCCACGUGUUCCAUCAUUGGGACUGUUAUCUGAAAAAAUACAACAUCUUUCCGCAUCAGUAAUACGUGCAACCGUUGUAACAGAAACGAAUAAAUUGGCUACCUGGAUGGAUGAAUCAAUUGCUGCUGCUGCAUGGAAACUCGAACAUUCAGCCACGAAUCAAUUGUUUACUGAUACAUUAUCGGCUGCUCUUUCUGGAUCAUUUAAAAUUACUUCAUUGUACGUAUCUUCACUAAUGUCUUGCGUACAAUUGUCAUCUGGAUCAUUGUUCUGGUGGGGUACCCCACCGUUUUCACAUCGGAAAAAAAUGGCCGAAAAAGGGCAAAAUGAAAGAUCAAAAUCAAAAUCGAAAUCAUCAUCAUCAACAUCUCAAUCAGUAUCGAAUAUGAAUAGUAAGGACAAUGAAAUUGUUCAAGGAACAUUGGUAUCCAUGCGAAAUUCUCCCAUUUAUCAAUGUGGUGCAAUUGGUUUUACAACCGUAGGUGGUGUUCCAAAAGUUGGUCAACUUAUAUCGGCUGCUUGGAAAAUCUCUGAUUCAUAUUCGUUCAGAAUUUUAACUGCACAAGAAAUUCAAUCCAGAUUACCAGCUAAUUCUGGAUCAACAUCAUCCUCAACACCAACGGCUAUACCGGUUGUAACUAAUAAUCAAACAGUAGCUAAUAAAAAUCUUGAACGUGCAGAAAUGCCACCACCACCAUCACCAGCAUCGUCAACAUCAUCUGAAUCAUCAAAUACGAAUGCUCCGGUAGUUAAACGUGCACGUGGUCGUAAUCUAAGCUCUUCUUCCGGACAACAAUUACAACAACAGCAAUCAUCCAGUAAUAAUGAAGAACGAAAUUUAGAUCGAAUUGAAACAUGGAAUCUAAAAGAUGUUGUUUUUGUUGAAGAUGUUAAAAAUAUGCCAAUAGGUCGUGUUAUUAAAGUAGAUGGAAAUUUUGUUGCCGUCAAAUUUAAUGCUACUCUUUCGGAUAAUCCAGUAUCAUUGAACAAGAAUCAACAAUUACAAGAACAACAGCAACAACAGAGUCGUCCAUCUGGAGAAACAGAUUCUAUUGAAUCUUACAUACAAGACUGUCGUCUAUUACGUAAAGAAGAUUUGAUUGCUGUUCGUGCGUUUUCAUCGACAUCAUCAGCUCCUUUAACCUUUUUCAAUAAUUCAAUGAUUGUUGGUAACAAAGCUUAUGAUUAUGUUCAACGUACACCAAAACGUGUACCACUUGCUGAACAUAUGCAAAUCCUGACAAUGACAUUAACCAAUCUUGGAUUACAUGCCAUCGCUAAAAUGGGUGGCUAUCGCCUAUCUUAUCUACAAAUCAAUAUUGUUUCUGGCCGUAUUGAACAUGAUAAUAAACUAUCGAUUGAAUAUAGCACAUUUUUCGGUAGCGGAACAAAUCCAAAAUCAUCAUUGAUACGAUUGUUUAGUGCUGGAGAGAAUGAACAGACCACAGUCGUAUUAUGUCGUGAUGGUAAUGGAACUUUGUACCCAUUGGCUAAAGAUUGUACCAAUAUGGUCAUAAGAGAACCGAUAUCAUUGAAUCUUGGUCCAAUAUCAACGAUUGGUUUGGGUAUUUUUUCAUUACAAAAUAUCAAUGGCGGUGGUGGUCUUCCGUAUUCAACAACAUCAUCCUCAUCUCAACCGAUGAAAACUCAUGCUGCCAUUCUGGCUUUAACGUUAGAACGACAAUAUCUCAUGCCAGCCAUUUUAAAUUGUGACCUGGAUGGUGUUCGACAAUGUCUAGCAUUGUUGAAUACCUAUCCAAAAGUAUUUUUCCCAAUGAUAAGCGAAGUUUGCGAUGGCAAUCAUAAUAUUAUACAUGUAGCUGUCUCGGCUUGUUUUCCAACCAGUAAUAAACCACGACCAUCUACAGAUUCUGUUCAAAUACACAUUCAGUUGCUUGGAGAUGAUGAUGAUUUAGUCCAACAAGAUCCACGACCAACAUCAUCAUCAUCAUUGCUCAAUGAUACCACUAUGAAUGAUAGUUCAGAUGCAACCACAUCUAACAAUCAACAACAACCUGUCCAGAAUCAGCCAUCAGCAACAUUUGGAAAUUCAAGCGAACCUUUAUUGGAUCCAACCGAACAGAAACCAAUAGCUCAUUCUAUCUUAUGGACAUUAUUGGAUUCUCCAACCCUGUCUGGACAUUUGUUUGAUUUACUUUCGGCACGUGAUUACCAAGGACUAACUCCGUUCAUGUUGGCCAUAUCAGGUCGUGCUUAUUCAGCUGCACAGCAGAUAUUUGUUAUAAUGCAACGUGUUGCACGUAUGAUUGCUAAUAAUGAAAUGGCCAGCGGUUCUACACAGCAACAGCAUGAUCGAUCAUCACCAUCAUCAUCUAUAACACAAGAUUCCAUCUAUCAACGUACAUUCAUUCAGAUGCUAUAUCCUCGAGGUUCAUCGCCAGAUCAUUCCCCAUUGUAUAUGCUAUGUUCGAAUGAUACUUGUACUUUUACAUGGACUGGUGAUGAACAUAUUAAUCAAGAUAUUUUUGAAUGUCGUACAUGUGGCUUAGUUGGUUCUCUUUGUUGUUGUACUGAAUGUGCACGUGUUUGCCAUCGUGGUCAUGAUUGUAAAUUGAAACGAACAAGCCCGACUGCUUAUUGUGAUUGUUGGGAAAAAUGUAAAUGCAAAGCAUUAAUUGCUGGUUGUCAACCUGCAAGAAAUAAUCUUUUGAAAAAACUACUUGAAUCUACGAAUUUAUCGCAACGAGUUAAUGCACGCGGUGAACAUAUUCUAUUGUUUUUGGUUCAAACAGUUGGCCGGCAAAUUAUUGAGCAGAAACAAUAUCGCCCAACUAGACUCAGGGCAUUUGCUGUAAGUUCCGGAAACAACAACAGUGGUGGUCGUUCUAAAAAUGAACUAAAUGAUGAACAGUCCAGUGUACCGGAACAUGAUCUUGAACCACCUAAAUUUGCUCGGCGUGCAUUGGAAAAAAUGCUAAGCGAUUGGCCAACAGUUAAAUCUAUGAUUCUUACCGGUUAUCGUUCGACUGAAAAUGUAGCUCAACAACAACGAAGACAAUCAUAUUUAUGGAAUCUUAAUGGAACAGCAAAUGCCUAUUCAUAUGAAGAAGAAAAUUCCUAUUUAUCCUGUCAGAAUGGUUCAGCAUUAUUAGAUAAAUUCACCCAUUCAUUAUUAAAAUUGAAUUUGAGUGAUCCUAUUGAUCGUAUAACUGGAACCAUUUUACAGUCAUGUAAAACUCCAAGUAUCGCUCAAGAAGGUCGUAUUGUUGCACGAAGAUUUGUACGAUCUGUGAUACGUGUCAGCCUAGCUGUUUUGUUUGAAGCAAAUCCUGUUCAAUAUUCAAUGGCUUAUGCACCGUUGAUGGAAACAUCAUCAUAUCGGACAUAUUGUGAACGUUAUCUAUCGGCUCAAUCUACAUCGACGUCAUCUUCGUCAUCAUCAUCACCAUCGUCGUUGCAGAAGAAAUCAAACUCAAUGAUAACGAUGAUGCGUAAGAUUCGUAAAGUUUUUGUUUCAUUAUUACCAAUUGCAGCGGAAGAAUUGUGUGAGGUGGCUGAAUCAUUAAUCGCUCCAGUCAAAAUGGGUCUUGCUCGGCCAUCAUCAUCGUUUAUGAUGAUGGCACCAUCAUCAUCAUCAUCAUCAAAUACUUCAGAUCUUGGUGGUUCCAUAACCGAUGAACUUUUCUCAGUCGAUACAUCUGUUUAUUCACAUCAACGUGAUUUUCUCGAUGCUACGUUUGGUCUUCAUGAUCCAACCAUGUUGGAACCAGAACCGAUUGGAUCCGUUUCACAAAAUCACAAUUCACACCAUAUGCUCUGGAAUUCUUAUGAUCAAUCAUCAGCUGAUCUUAGUGCUGCAGGCGCAGCCUCCGCUUCACAAUCUUCUGAAUCACAGGCAAAUAAUAAUAAUAACCAGAAUCAACAACAACAACAACAACCAUCACAACAUGAAUCACAAACAACUAGUAAUGAUGAUGAUUUGACGUCAGCUCCGAUUCCAUCAUUUCAAUCACUCAUUUUUAGUGAACAAUCUACCGAAUCAUCAACAGCAUCUGUUUCUGCUUCAACUAAUCAACCACCAGAAAUCGUUAUUGAAAGAUCUGCAAAUGAAGAUAAUAAUUCACAAAUUGGAUCUGAUCAACAUCAAAGUAAUCUAACAUCGGCUGCAUCCGAUGCCGAUAUAGACAUGCUUGUUGCCGGUAAUCAAAUGAUGAGCGAAGCAGAUGAUAAUUCAAAUGUUGGCGGACGUUUGGAUACUGAAUCGGAUUCUGAAUCCAAUCCAGAUGAUGGAGCAUCAUAUUUAAGUAAUGCAGAUAAUGCUUCUGCACAACGAAGUGUUGUAACCGGUGCAACAGCCGGCAGUGAUGUUGGAGUUGCCUCUUUACCGUAUGAUGAUGAAUCCUUGAAUUCAAAUGCUGAUGAUGUCGACGACGAUGAUGAUGAUGAACAAGAUGUUGAACCGGAUGAUGAUGAAUCAUCGGAUUCUGAUGAUGCUUCAGAUACGGCCGAAACGGAACCAGACACAGACGUCCUUUCCAGUUUCAUCAAUGAUAAUGUUGAACGUCGUCUAGGUGUGAUCGGGGGAUCAUCAUCAAAUGCUACUGCCGGUAGUAGUUCACAAACUGCAACAACCGGUUCAGCUAGACAUAAUAUUUUACAACAUGUUCAAUGGGCAUUACGUUCACAUCGUGAUCAAAUGCUAUCAUCAACAGCACCAACAAAUCUUACUGAAUCAUUCCGUCGUAGUGCCAUUUCGAAUGCAUUAGUUUCAAUGGAAAAUGUUGUACAAAUAACGAAUUCAAUGGUUGGCCUAGCUCGAGCUUUUUCUAUCAUAAUCCGUCAUAUUGCAGAUUUGAUGGUCAUCAUACGCGAAACAACAAACGAAAUGGGCAGCAUUGAUUUCCCUAUUUAUCAUAUUAAUUCAACAGAAUCUAAACAAUUAUUGCAGAUGAUUGAAGAUCGUCUUCUUAAUACCUGGAAUUGGUUGAUCAAUUCUAUGGACGCAACGGAAACUCAACUACGUUUUGGAUGUGCAUUAUCGAAUCGACGUCUUACCCCAAGCGUUUCUGGUGGAAUAGGUUCUUCAACUAGUGGUUCUAGCAACGCUCUAUCGUCCUCUGGAUCUGGUAAAGCUGAUGUUGGUGUUUCAAAUUCCAAUUCAGCUAGUGCUUAUGUGGCCUCAUCAAAUCCACGUUCACUUCGAUUAAGAACAUUUCAAAGUCAAGAUGAAAUGGCUAUGCUACCUACAUUUAACCGUAAUAGUUUACGUAGUCGAACUGGUGGUGGUACUGCUUAUGUUUUUACUCGUACAUCGGCUGGAACUAAUGCAGCUGCACAGGUGGCUUCCGGAUCGGCCGUUGCUGCUGGAUCAGGUGGUUCAAGCGGAAACGGUGGUUCAAACGCUUCAUCCAAUGAAUCAAACCAAGCAGCACAUCGUGAUUUUCUUAAUUAUGCUAUGUCAUUGAUGCGUGCACAUUCGAAUGAACAUUAUGAUUCAUUACCGGUGUUGGAUGUAUCAUCACUUAAACAUGUUGCUUAUAUUUUUGAUGCAUUCGUUUAUUUUAUUCGUCGUGGUUUCAUUACGAUAGAUUCUCAUCCAGAAAUUAUGACCACUGAAAUUAUAGAUUCAUCAUCAUCAAUAAAAAACAAAGAUGAACUAAUAUCGUCAGGCCGAAAUCAUCUAUUCUUUAGACGAUCAAAUUCGACAUUAUUUCUGGGAUGCCCAAGACCUGAUCCAUUUUCGGCUCCCUAUCAUGAAGCUUUGCCAUUGGCCAGUAAACCACAAUUACUACAACCAAAUGCAAGACGUGAACAAUUGUUUGGUAUACCUAGACCAUCUAAUGCAAUGGAAGCUGAAGAAAUGCUUGAAUCAUUACCAUCACAGAUGAGUCUUUCGAAACGUCAUCAAUGGAAUUAUAAUAGUUCAAUUAGAUCGCCAAAUCAUCUACAAAUAUCGCCAGCUCGAUCCCAUUCAGUCAUUACCGAAUCAUCUACGUCAUCUUCCUCAAGAGUAUCGAUCAUACAACCUAAUAAAUUAUCAGUGAUCGUUAUGGCCGGUUCGGCUAAACAUCAACAACAACAAACAACUUCGCCAACAAGUCAGAAUUUAACUAACAAUAAUCAAUCUUCGGUGAUAAAAAUUUCGGCUAAUCACCAGCAACAAAAGCAUGUAAAUUUUUUUGGAAAUAUUCAACAGCAAGAUGUACUUUUAGGCCGUUGGCGUUUAACACUUGAACUAUUCGGUCGGUUGUUUGUUGAUGACGUUUCGCUUGAACCAAAUUCCAUCAUACCUGAAUUGACUGGUUUUCCUAUCAAAGAGAGUAAAUUCAGACGUGAAAUGGAACGCCUAAGAAUCAGCUGUUCGAAUGCAGCUGCAAAUCAACGUGAUUUAAAUUUCUAUAAAUUAGAUCGCGAUCGAAAUCAAUUGCUCAUACAAUCAUUUAAAGAAUUGAAUUCGGUUUUCUCACCCAUUACCCGACGGUUAUCAUCACAAACAUCAGUUGCCCCACAAUCUUUGACCAUUACUCGUGUGAAAGUAACUUUUAAAGAAGAACCAGGUGAAGGAUCUGGUGUUGCACGUAGUUUUUAUACAGCAUUUUCUGAAGCCGUAUUAGCAAAUGAAAAAUUACCGGCAGAAUUGUUAACAAAUAAUUGUUGUGGUGCAAACAGUAUGGUCAAUAUUCGUGGUGGUGGUUCUAGUGCAAACUCUUCAUCUGGUACUGUAGCAGGAAAUUAUGAAGCCUAUUCUAGUUAUGCCUUCCGUUUACGUAGUCAUAGUAGUAAUAACAACAAUUCUAAUGGUUCAUCGUCUGGUCAACGUAAUAGCGGCGCUACUGGUUCUGGUAGUGGAUCUGCUAAUUCAGCAUUAUCAAAUUCUUCGUCACCAGUAAAUGAUAUUCUUGCAUCAAAUAGUAGCAACAGUAGUUCUAUGCGAAGACCACGUUCUCCAGCACGUUAUAGACCAUUUUAUCCAUCAUCAUCGACAGCCCGUCGUACGCAAUUGAUUGAACGGAUACGAAAUAUGCAUGAACCACGGUCAUCAACAUCGACAACAUCAAGCGGUGGUUCAACAACAUCAGCGCCGUCUUCCUCUUCUACAUCAAAUUUUCGUCGAAUUACAUCUCAGCUUCGAUAUGAUGCACCAUCGUUCGUGCCGACACAAAUGAUUAAUUCACAUCGCCAUUCACCAAUCGUACCUUCAGAUUCAAGAAAUGGAAUCGGUUUAAGAAUUUAUAAUCGUGUAUACAAUUUACAUCCGGGGCAUGCAUCGAAAAUAACUGGAAUGUUAUUAGAAAUUCCUCAAGAAACGCUAAUAAGCUUAUUGAAUAAUGAAGAUGAGCUUCGUAAUUCUAUCGAUUGGGCGAUGGAGAUAAUUCAUACAAAUGAAGCUCGAAAUCAAUCAAGUAGUGGUAAUCAAUCAACGGCCCAAACAACAGCCAAUAAUACAGCGCAGGAUGGAUCACUUCAAAGAGAUGCUUCUAGUUCGAAUGCCAACAUACAACAGCAGCAAUCUUUAUUUUUACCAUCAUUUUUGACGGUCGAUGCACUCAUGUAUGAAAAUUAUAAUGCAGAUCGAAAAAUUCAGCUCUCAGUUCUAAAUUCGGGUGGUUAUAAAACGAUGUCUAAUGAUUCAUCUUCAACAAACGCAACGAUUUUGCAAUUAGAAAAUCCAUUUUCGGAUGAUGAUGAUGCUCCAUUGUUCUAUCAACCUGGAACACGUGGAAUUUAUUCACCUCGUGCUGGUCGUGCUAGUGAAAAUCGCUUGAACGCAUUCCGUAAUGUUGGUCGUAUAAUCGGUGUUUGUUUUCUACAGAAUGAACUAUGUCCAAUCACAUUCAAUCGACAUGUAAUCAAAAUGAUUCUCGAUCAACCUGUCAGAUGGCAUGAUUUAGCAUUCUUUGAUUCGGAACUAUAUGAAUCAUUGAGACAAUUAAUUUUGGACGCCCAAUCCAAUAAUAAAGAGGAAAUACUGGCUGAAUGUGAUUUCCGUUUUGCCAUUGAUUUACCACCGGAAGAAGGUGGUCACGGUGUUGAAUUGAUACAAAAUGGCCGUAAUAUUCGCGUUACACCACAGAAUGUUUAUGAUUAUGUACGAAGAUAUGCGCAAUAUAAGAUGGUAGAAUCACAAGAGAAAGCAAUCAAGGCAAUACGUGCUGGCAUAUGCGACGUCAUUCCCCUGUUUUCAUUUGAUGGCCUUACUCCCGAAGAUUUUCGAUUACUAUUGAAUGGAGUGAAUGAAAUUAAUGUUCAACAAUUGCAAACAUAUGUCACUUUUUAUGAUGAAAGCGGAGAUUCUGAACCAAUAACAAAUAUCCGUAAAUGGUUCUGGUGGGUAUUAGAACGGAUGACCAAUGAAGAGAAACAGGAUCUCAUUUAUUUUUGGACCGGUUCACCGGCAUUACCAGCCAGUGAGGAAGGCUUUCAGCCAAUGCCAAGUGUUACUAUAAGGCCACGCGAUGAUUAUUAUUUCGUUACCGCUAAUACUUGUAUUUCUCGUUUAUAUAUUCCAUUAUAUUCAUCGCGAAACGUAUUGAGACAAAAAUUACUCAUGUCGAUCAAAUCGAAAUCAUUUGGUUUCAUAUAGAAUCAAGAAUUAUACUUGAUCAUCAUAAAUAAAAGCGUUGACGAAAAAAGUUGUAAACAAUAAUAAUACACACUUACACACACACACACAAACAUAUGUUAAAAAUGAUAGAUUCGCGAAAUUUUUGUUUUAAAAAUCUCUUUAGGAUUUUCUUGAAAAUGAAUUCAAUAUCCGAAAAAACAAAUCCACAUAUUCUCAAAAAAUAGAUUUAAUACAAUAAUAAAAUGUAUAUUUUUCAAAAUAAAUGUCUAUAUCAUUUUUUUCUCAAACAUUU